CGGCCGGGGCCUGCGCUGCGCGGCACCGUCCCGCCGCCUUCCUGCGCCCGCCCCGCCGAGGCUCCGCUCCACGGCGCCCGGCCCGGCCAUGCUGCGGCCGGAGCCCCUCUGCCUCCUCUUCCUCCUCGUCCUCCUCCUCCUGCCGCUGUCGCACGGCGGCCGGGCCGCUCCUCCGCCCAGCCCGGGCCCGAACAACGCCACGGGCGCCACCCGGGCGGCCGCGGGUAACGGCACGCAGCCGAGCCCAUCGCCGGGAGCGCGGCGCCCGCCAGGGUCAGGGCUGCUGCCGGGGUCGGGGCUGCCGGUGCUGAAGCGGGCGGUUUAUGUGCUCAGCGCCCUCUCGGCUCUCGCCGCGCUUUAUUUCCUCCUGCGGGCGUUCCGCCCUAGGUCAGAGGGAGCCAGAAACGAGCGAAAAACUCAUUUCAGGUUGAAGAAACCUCAGCGGAAGAAAUACGGGCUCCUGUCGAGCUACGACGAGAACACGGAGAUGGGCUCGCUCGACAGCGACGAGGACACGGUGUUUGAGAUGAGGAACCUGCAGCGGUGAUUUGGGACCAACGGCACAGACUGACCAAGGGGCUGCAAGUCCAGCGGGAUCACCAGUGCUCGAGCUUUGUUUUCUAUCUUUGCUUCAAAUGACUAUUAACGAACAGUCCAAACACUUCCAUAGCUGGGGUGGGGGAAAGGGGACCAAACCUGUUUUCUUCACACGCAUUUUUAGGGAAAGGUGGAGCUGCAAGCGAAGUGAUGCUGCCUUGGGUGCUGUUACCUGCAUAGGGAGGUGCUGAGGAGAACGUGACUCCCGGAUGGAUGCUCAGCCUUUGUAAUCUUUCCACUCUGGACUCAAGUGCUGCAGCUGUGUGUUUUAUAGGUGCUCACGUCCCUCUCUACUUACUGUGGCAGUCAGCUUGAUGUAUCAGGCAAGUGGGUUCCUUUACAGGCUGAUCCUUGUUCCUUCAUGCAGCAUUAGGUUACUUCUUUUGGAAGCGUCUCUGUAGUCAACUCUGAUCUGGUAGGAGCUGGGAGAACUCCUGUUGUCUGUUACACUAGUACUGGGUGUGGACAGUGUCCUGUCAGUUCCAAGUAUGAGUUAAAUGCAUCGAUUUGCUUCUA